UGGUUUCCUCUACGCGCCGCUCUAGCCCGCGCGGGGGGCGGUGAGACGUCGUGGCCGGUUUCUCAGGCUGCGGGAGGCUUCAGAGGGCGCCUCGCCGGGCGCGCGGUCGGCCAUGGACACCUUGCGCAAAGCGCUGAUCGUGGGUGCCCUCCUGGGCGCGGGGGCUGGCGUGGGCUCCGCGCUCUUUGUCCUCGUGACCCCGGGAGAGCAGCGGAAGCAGGAGAUGCUGAAGGAGAUGCCCGAGCAGGACCCGCGGCGCAGAGACGAGGCGGCCAGGACCAAAGAGUUAGUGCUGGCCACUCUGCAGGAGGCAGCGGCCACGCAGGACAACGUGGCCUGGAGGAAGAACUGGACGGUCGGCGGCGGCGGGAGGUCAGCGUGAGCCCGGACCUCCCUCGUGGGCGCUGGGACCUUGCUCCCGCUCAGGAGUCCGACCUGGCUUCUCCGCCGUAGGCCGGGUAGGGAGUCUGGACCCGGGAUACCGCGCCCAGGCCGCCCUGAGGCCCUGGGAGCCGCUGCGGGGUGAGCACGUCCCCCCUGCACCCGCAGACGCUGCCCUGACUGCGCUUUCACGUCCUGCGUCGCGGCAGGGGCGUCGGAUGUGAGAACUGAAGGAGCCAAUAAAUCACGUUCCUCCGUCCAGUCAGUGAGCCCUGCGGUCUGACGCCUAUGUCUAGAGUGUUCUGGGGGUCCGUGCAGGGGACGUGGAAGACUGUGGCUCCCACUGCCCAGGAGGGACCACAUUUUCAAAACACAAAUCAGGGCAUGUGGUCUGUUUGAGUGUACUUUUGGUGAUAACCAGGCGACAUUCUCGAAAUCAAAACUAUCCUGGAAAAUCUUGUAGCAAUAGAUGCCCAUGGAGGACGCUUUGGGUUUCCUGUUCUUUGAGUGGGGUUGGAGAGGGGCCGCUAGCAUUUAGCAUGUGCCAUGAUGCUUUCUGGGGAUACUAGACUGUUGGAGGCCAAUUUGCUAGGAGUGAAAGAAGCGUGCUUUGAGUCAGACAGAUCUUGAUUAAAGUCCUGCAGAUUACAAAA